AUGAAUAAAACAGAUUAUGACAAUAAAAUUCAGACAUUACUUACAGAUUCCACAUAUGAAAAACUUAAGAAAGACCCUACUUCUUCACUAAAAACUCUCACCACCAAUCUCAUUAAGAAAAACAAUCUUUCAGACAUGUUAAUACCCAGAAACGCGGUACCACCCAGACUAUAUGGACUACCCAAAAUCCAUAAAAGCAACAUACCUCUCAGACCCAUAGUAAGCGCUAUAAACUCUCCCACAUACGAUCGAGCUCGCUUCCUGGUCAGCAAACUAGAACCCCUUACAGGUCAACUAUCAUCCGACCUUAUAUCAUUAGUAGAACAUUGCCUGAUCACAAUCUAUUUCACCUACAAUAACCAAUUCUAUAAGCAAAUCACAGGUGCAGCUAUGGGAUCACCGAUAUCUCCAAUCAUAGCAAACAUAUUUAUGGAACACUUCGAAUCCCAGGCCAUCAAAAAAGCCCCACUAAAGUCCCAAACAUGGUUCCGGUACGUAGAUGACACCUUUGUCAUCUGGCAACAUGGGGAGAGAGAACUCUAUAACUUUUUAGACUUUCUCAAUAAACAACACCCAAACAUUACCUUCACAUUAGAAACAGAACAACAUGGUAAACUUCCAUUUUUAGAUGUUCUGGUCACAAGAAAACCAGACGGCUCUUUAAGCUACUAA